AUGCAGGGAGUGGAAGAGGAGGAGGAAGAGAAAACAUUGGUGUGGUGGGACAUAAGCAGCUGUCCGAUUCCCACUGGUUAUGAUCCUUGUCUGGUCGGUCCGAGAAUAGUUUCCGCCUGGAGGAGUUAUCGUAUGUCUGGUCCAAUCACCAUAACUGCCAUUGGCAGACUCACACACCACCCUAAUGCCCCUGACAACGACGUCUUGCGAAAGCUCUCUUCCAGUGGAAUUUCUCUUAUACACGCCAAUGAGCUUCAAUCCGAUUUGUUUGACUGGGUCGAGUUGAACCCACCACCGGCUAAUAUAUUACUCAUAUCUGGUCCUAAGGAACUAGAAUCCUUAGCUCGUACUCUUUAUCGCCUAGAUAGUGAGGGAUACACAAUUUUUCUGGCAUAUCCUCAACGCGAACCAGCUCCAGCCUGGCUCUGGAAAAGCUUUCUGUCUGGUGUUUAUAAAGAGUGGCUCUGGACAAGCUUACUAACAGAUGAAAUGGGUUCAUGCUCGGAGGAUGAGGACAAGUGCAGUCAAACGGGUGAAUCUCCCACAUGGUCUUGCACACUAUGCGCUUUUUCUGCCCAAAGCUUCGAAGAUUUCACCACGCAUCUCAAGAGUAAACAACAUGCACAUGCUGUAAGCAUCAUUUAUCAAUACAUUUAG